GUCCGCAAAGAAACGUAUUCUGGGCGGCGUGAACAAAAAUUUCGAGCUUUAUAAGGUCCUUAUUUCGUUUAGCAGGUGACUGCAAAAUCUCAGGAUACUGCAAGCUAAUAUGUCUCUAUUUGCCAUGAAGAAGAAGAGGGGUUGCUCAGGGACCAGGCGGCGGUCCCCACAAUGUCCACAGGGAUCUUCCCCAAGGGAGAGAGAAGAAGUAACAGCAGCCAGGAGUGUCAUCAAGGAGUUGCAUGAGGAAACGGCUUGCCCCAUCUGCCUGGAAUAUUUCAAAGAGCCAGUGAUUCUAGACUGUGGGCACAAUUUCUGCCAAGCCUGCCUCACCCAGUGCUGGGAGGAGACAGAGAGAGCCCCUUCCUGCCCUCAGUGCCGAGAAAUUUUCCAGCAAGAGAACUUCAGGCCAAACCGGCAGCUGGCAAACCUUGUGGAACUUGUCAGGAAACUCCAGGCGGGAAAAGGAGCCGAGGCAAAGUGGGGAGGGUGCGAGAGGCACCAGGAGCCCCUGAAGCUCUUCUGCCAUGAUGACCAAGCCCCCAUCUGCGUGGUGUGUGACCGAUCCAUCAGACACCGAAAUCACUGUGUACUUCCCAUGGAAGAGGCUUUCCUGGAGUAUAAGAAAGAGAUCCAGGCCCAGCUUCAAUUUUUGGAGCGAGAGAGAGAAAAGCUUAAGGAAGAGAAAAUGUUGGAGGACCAGAAAAGCCAGACAUUUCUGGCCAAGUUAAAAUUAGAGAAGCAGGUGACCCAGUCAGCCUUUCAGCAGAUGCACAAGUAUCUUGAGCAACAAGAGCAGCUCAGGCUGUCCCAGCUGGAGACGAUGGAGGGAGAGAUGGAGAAGAGGGACAAAGAAAACCACACCAGAUUUUCUGAGGAAAUCUCAGAUCUCAGUCACCUAAUCACAGAGCUGGAGGGAAUGUUUCGGCAGACCGAAAACGUAUUUGUGCAGGAUCCCAAAACUAUACUGAGCAGCAGACAUGAGAAGAAGCCCGAAAGGCAGCUGAUGGAGCUUCCUCCAAUACUGGAGCAUAACCUCAGGAUUUACUCAGAGCAAACACCUGAAUUACAAAAGGCUCUCAAAGAAUGUGAAGAGUCUCUGGACAAAGUACUGGUGAAAGCACUGACAAAAGUGAACGUGACUCUGGAUCGAGAAACGGCACAUCCCAGCCUCAUUCUGUCUGAAGAUCUGAAGACUCUGACAGGGGGAGGGACAGUGCAGGACCUGCCCAACAAUGCGGAGAGAUUUGAUACCCUGAAUAGUGUGCUGGGCCGUGAGAAAUUUACCUCAGGAAGACACUGGUGGGAGGUGGACAUGGGGAAUGGACAGGCAGUGUGGUCUGUGGGUGUCGCUAGAGAGUCAGUGAAGAGGAAAGGAAAUAUCACCCUUAAUCCUGAUGAAGGAUUCUGGAUUGUGCAGACGGUAACGCUGUAUGAUACUUCUUGUGGUAGAUCAUCCUGGUACCUACGUGCCUCGACUUCCCCUCAAUCAGGCAAUUUACCAAACGCCAUUCCCCAAAAGAUCCGGGUGCUCCUGGACUAUGAAGAGGGUCGUGUGGAGUUUUUUUCUAGUGCUACAAAUGAAAAGCUCUUCACUUUCCCUUUAACCACAUUCUCUGGGGACGUGCUCCGUCCCUAUUUCUUCAUUGGGAGAACAAACACACUGAAAUGCUGAAUCUUGAGGAGAGUGAUCACCAUGAUGGGUUCUACAACUCCAGAAAGAGAUGACAGAAUAUCCGUUUCUCUCUCGCUGCUGAAGCGGCAGCUUGAUCCGUGGGGCAAACAGUAGCGGGGGGGGGCUUUACAUUGGGAACAUCUCAUUAGGCAGUAAUGGCUAAGUAAGGAUCUCCACUGUCACUGGCUUUCCUGUUGACAGACCAUAGAAUCUUUCACCUGCAGGCCAAGAGGGAUGCCAGUGUAUAGAAUCUGUACUAACUUGCCUCUUCUGCCUUUAAAUUUUCCUCAUGGCAGGUGGAAAUUUAGCCCUUUUAAAGUACGCUGACAUUGUGACUAGAAAUGAGAUGCUUGAAGUUAACAGUGAAUAGUGCGCUGGGCCAUGAGAAAUUCACCUCAGGAAGACACUGGUGGGAGGUGGAACUAAGAACUCUGCAGCCACCGUGGGCUCUGGGUGUCCCUGGAGAGCCAAUCUGGUGUAGUGGUUCAGAGCCGCGGACUCUUAAUCUGGAGAACCAGGUUUAAUCCCC